CCGGCCCCGCUCCCCCGCCCCGGAUUUGAAGGCUGGGUCUUCCUGAGAGUCCGCGGGCUUCCGCUCCCAGCGCGGGAUUCUGGAGGUAAUUUGAGGAAGACUUGGAAACCGCGCCAGGCCCAACGGGGACCUAGAAGGGAGACAAGGCCAGGCCUGCUGCCCAGUGUGAGCUCUGAGAAGAAGAGGAGCGGGCCGGGACGCCCACCGGGGUAUCCUAGAGGUGACAGAACUUGAUCUGGGCCUGGAAGGGGAAGAAUUCGGGAAGGGCAACGUGGGGCAUUCCAGUAGUAAUUGAUAGAAAUAUUACAUGGGAUAGGAUUUAUUCUCUCCGUACUUCUGAACCAAUGAACAGAAAAUGGGAAGAAAAACUGAAGCAAAUUGAAGAACGAGCAUCUCAUUAUGAGAGGAAACCAUUGCCCUCAGUGUAUAGACCAAGACUGUCCAAGCCAGAGGAACCACCCUCCAUUUGGAGACUAUUUCAUCGACAAGCUCAAGCUUUUAAUUUUGUUAAAAGCUGUAAAGAAGACGUUCACGUAUUUGCUUUGGAAUACAAAGUAGGAGAUGGACAACGUAUUUACCUUGUGACAACCUAUGCUGAAUUUUGGUUUUACUAUAAAUCCAGAAAAAAUCUCUUACACUGCUAUGAAGUUAUUCCUGAAAAUGCUGUGUGCAAGCUUUAUUUUGAUUUGGAAUUUAACAAACCUGCCAACCCAGGAGCUGAUGGGAAGAAGAUGGUUGCAUUACUCAUCGAGUAUGUGUGUAAAGUGCUUCGAGAGUUAUAUGGUGUUAAUUGCUCAGCUGAAGAUGUUUUGAACUUGGAUUCUAGCACUGAUGAGAAAUUCAGCCGGCAUUUAAUAUUUCAGCUCCAUGAUGUGGCAUUUAAAGAUAAUAUUCAUGUUGGUAAUUUUUUGAGAAAAAUUUUGCAGCCUGCUCUUGACUUGCUUGGCAGUGAAGAUGAUGAUAGCGCUUCAGAGACAACAGGCCAUGGAUUUCCCCAUUUUUUGGAAGCACCUGCAAGACAAGAAUUUUCUUUCACAGAGAAGGCUACAGGGGAAAGCUGGACAUUGAAUUCAGAGAAACUGGAGAGGCUGGGGUCAGCUGAGCAAAGCAGUCCUGACCUUUCGUUUGUAGUUGUGAAGAAUAACGUGGGAGAGAAGCAUCUUUUUGUGGAUCUUGAGUCAGUUUGCCAGUUUACACAAACAAAUCCUGCUAGAAUUUUUAUUUGGAUUGCCUCGACUCUACAGACCAACUUGGGGAGCGUUGACAUUUUUACAAUACUGAGUCUUCCAAUCUAUGCACAUGGAGUUUAUACAAGAAAUAGAAACUUUCGGCUAUAUAAAUCAUCAAAAAUAGGAAAGCGUGUGGCUUUGGAGGUUACUGAAGAUAACACAUUUUUUCCUAUACGGUCAAAGGAUGUUUCUGACGAAUAUCAGUAUUUUCUCUCUUCUUUGGUCAGCAAUGUCAGGUUCUCAGAUACUUUACGAAUUCUUACAUGUGACCCAUCUCAGAAUAAACAAAAAGGAGUUGGAUAUUUUAACAGUAUCGGCACUUCAGCAGAAACCAUUGAAGGUUUUCAGUGUUCUCCCUAUCCUGAAGUUGAUCAUUUUGUUCUUUCUUUGGUGAAUAAAGAUGGCAUUAAAGGAGGAAUUCGGCGUUGGAACUACUUUUUCCCAGAAGAAUUACUGGUUUAUGAUAUUUGUAAAUAUCGGUGGUGUGAAAACAUUGGAAGAGCCCAUAAGAGUAAUAAUAUAAUGAUUCUGGUUGAUCUGAAAAAUGAAUUUUGGUAUCAAAAAUGUCAUGACCCUGUAUGUAAAGCAGAAAACUUCAAAUCUGACUGUUUCCCAUUGCCUGCCGAAGUAUGUCUCCUGUUUCUUUUCAAAGAGCUGGACUGUCCACUUGUUAAAAAAUUAAAUCUACUCUUGCUCUUCCUCCAUCGGGGAAUAUUGAAAAGUAUGUGUCACAGCACUGCAGGAAGAAGAGUUGACAACAGAUGAAGCAGAUGAAACUAGGAGCAAUGAAACCCAGAAUCCUCAUAAACCAUCACCUAGCAAGCUGUCAACAGGUGCAUCUGCUGAUGCUGUCUGGGAUAAUGACAUUGAUGAUGCUUAUUUUUUAGAAGCUACUGAAGAUGCUGAAUUAGCUGAAGCUGCAGAGAACAGUCUUCUCAGUUAUAACAGUGAAGCGGAUGAAAUUCCUGACGAGCUAAUUAUAGAAGUAUUACAAGAGUAGCUAAUUCACUAUGGACACUUUUGUCACCAGGCUAUAAUUUGCCUGAUGUCUGUGAGAUUUGAUAAAUAUAUCAUUCAACCUGAUAAGUUUUAUCACUUUCUUUCCAAUUUUUGUUUUUUACUUCUAUAAACCAAUUUUAUUAAAAAUUACCUUUGAUGUACUUAAAUUCAAUAGAAAUCGCCUUAACUAAUCAAAAUUACAUUCACAUCAACUUAAUUUUACAGGUUUAUUACAGCUCAUAUCUGGGGCUGAUUAAGGUGUCAACAUUUUUAAAUUACUCAAGAUAUUAACCAGAAAAGAUGAUUAUGGCCUCUAAAACUAUUGGACAAACUGAUGCUAUUUAACAUUGUUCACAGCCAUUUAAUCUGAAUAACAAAUUUUAGAUUCUGGCAAGUAGGCCAUAACUUCUUUGCAAAACAAUUUAUUUAUAAAAGUACAGUUUCAGACGGUAACAGCAUGAGACUAGUCUUCCUAUGGGCCCAUUUUAGUAGAUUGCUCUUCUCAUUCUUGGUCAAGGAGCUUCUCUAACUGAUGGUUGAUAUUUCGCAGAUGGCUUUCGGCUCCCAAAAGUGUUCUUGCUUUAAAUAACAGGGCUGGAAGGCUGGAUGAAUCAUACUGUUAAAAGAAAAAAACUUACAUAAUUAGCAAUAUCAAAAACUUACAACCUUGUCGUUACGUAGCCCAGCCUUAUGACCAAUGCAAAUUGUGAUUGAGCUUUCCAUUAACUACUACUCCUCUCAUUUUUAACUAGGACCAUUAAGACAACUGGUUUUAAUCCAUUUCCUUAAAACGUAAUUGAUCACAAAGUUGCUAGGGAGCUGCUCUGCAAAGCUUGAACUGAUCUUCUUAUCCCAGAAGACCAGUUGAUUCAAAGAACUGUAUCAUCUCUAUUACUGAAGACAGGAAAUCAUGCCUGGGACACGUCAAGGCUUGGUUUUGGCAAGUCUGCUCGUGCUGUGUAGGGUCUACUUGAUAUCAUGUCUAUUUUAAAACACAGAAAACUGUAAAAGAGGUUUUACUUUAAAGAACUAAUGGAAUGAGGACACCAGAUCCAUAAAAGUUCCUAAGAAAAAAAAAAACCCAAAUCUAUCAUCUCAAGAAAUUA